AGAACAACUUCACUCAAUACAAUCAUACAUCCAUACAGAUAAAGAAAGAAAGAAAGAAAGAAAGAUAAAGAGAGAGAAAGAGAACAUCGUGUUUCAUUGGUAUUUUACAAAGUUCAUUGCUUUAAUUACAUCUCUAGUUUAUCUGUUCUACUCGAUUGUUAGAAGUCUUCUUUUUUGUGCUGCUGAGUCUUCCUCGCUUUUUGAUUGUUCAAUUAGGCCUUUUUUUUCGUGGGGGAUCUAGUCUGCGAGAUCUGGUUGUGUUUUCCAGAUCCGUGGGCUGGUGGGUCUUGUUGCUGUUUCGAUUUUGAGAAAAAAAAAGAUUUGUCAUCGGAUUAGUGGUUGUGGGUUUUGCGGGCUGUUGAUAUCUAGACUCUUUUAGGUUUUCCAAACGUAGGUGGAGGAGAAAUGCAUACCAGGUAUAUGGAGAGGGUUAACUCUAUGAGGGGGAAAAGACCUUUGGAAGGAGAAGAUGAACAGCAGCAGCCUGAGAGGAAGCGGCCGGCUUUGGCCAGUGUUAUUGUUGAAGCUUUGAAGUUGGACAGUUUACAGAAACUUUGUUCAUCUUUGGAACCCAUUCUGCGUAGAGUUGUUAGUGAAGAAGUUGAACGUGCUCUAGCAAAAUUAGCCCCUCCUCGACUGUCUGGAAGAUCAUCCCCUAGACAAAUUGAAGGGCCAGAUGGACGGAGCUUGCAGCUUCACUUUAAAUCCAGGUUGUCUCUUCCUCUCUUCACAGGAGGAAAGGUGGAGGGAGAGCAGGGUGCUGCAAUCCAUUUUGUUUUGCUUGAUGCUAAUGCGGGUCAAGUUGUAACAUACGGUCCAGAGUCCAAUCUGAAGCUGGAAGUGGUUGUUCUGGAAGGAGAUUUCAACAAUGAAAACGAUGAAGACUGGAGACAAGAAGAAUUCGAGAGCCAUGUUGUAAAAGAGCGUGAUGGCAAGAGACCUCUUUUGACUGGAGAUUUGCAAGUCUCGCUCAAGGAAGGUGUAGGAUCCCUUGGCGAGCUUUCAUUUACAGAUAAUUCGAGUUGGAUUAGAAGCAGAAAGUUCCGCCUUGGUCUCAGAGUUUCUUCGGGAUAUGCUGAAGGAAUACGCAUAAGAGAGGCAAAGACAGAAGCUUUCACUGUUAAAGAUCACCGAGGAGAAUUAUAUAAGAAGCACUAUCCACCUGCUUUGAACGACGAUGUUUGGAGAUUGGAGAAGAUUGGUAAAGACGGGUCAUUCCAUAAAAGACUAAAUCAAGCAGGAAUAUUCACAGUGGAGGACUUUCUUCGUCUUGUAGUCAGAGAUCCCCCAAAGUUACGAAGUACCCUUGGAAGUGGUAUGUCUAAUAAGAUGUGGGAUGCCCUCAUAGAGCACGCCAAGACCUGUGUUUUGAGUGGGAGACUCUAUGUGUAUUAUCCAGAUGACACAAGAAAUGUUGGUGUUGUCUUCAACAAUAUUUAUGAGCUAAGUGGGCUUAUAAAUGGUGAACAAUACUUCCCCGUUCAUUCUCUCCCUGAAGCCCAGAAGAUGGGUGUUGAUACCUUGGUGAAGAAAGCUUAUGAAAACUGGAACCAAGUUAUUGAGUAUGAUGGGGAGUCCCUCUUGGGCUAUGCCCAACCGAAGAAGUCAAGUGCAUCUCGCAAUCAACUACUACCUGGUCCUGUUGACUAUCCAAAUUCUUUUGAUAAUCAGCUUUCCACACCAUCAUCGGCUUCAGUUCAUUCCGAGCAGUCUGCAGGGGAUUCAAGCUUGCCACUUGGUUAUAAUGAGAGCAUGGCAAACAAAUUCCCAGGUCCGCCUCACUUCCUGGAUUCUGAACCCCGUGUCCACUACAACGGUAACAUGUUUUCAUCACAAGAGCAUCAAAUAAACAAUUCUCAACAGACCCAGAACGGUACUAGAUAUGGUAACAACAACGUGGGACUGGCACUCGGUCCUCCUCAACCAUCUUCAUCAUCUUUCCAGGGCAUGAACAAUGCCUCAUCUGCUGCUGCCGCCGAACAACAAUACGCUAAUAAUAAUCCAUACGAUGACUGGUCGCAGAGCAGAGGAAAGGGUGUAGUUGAGGAAUUCAUGUCAGAGGAUGAGAUUCGCAUGAGAAGUCAUGAGAUGCUUGAGAAUGAUGAGAUGCAGCAUUUUCUUCGACUAUUCAGUAUGGGAGGCAGCAACAUAAAUAUCCCAUCAGAUGAUGGGUUUGGUUUCCCCAAUUACAUGUCGGCUCCAACUCCAAACAUGAACUUUGGUUUCGACGAGGAUAGUAGUCGUCCUGGAAAAUCUGUUGCCGGAUGGCUGAAAAUCAAAGCAGCUAUGAGAUGGGGCUUCUUUAUCAGAAAGAAAGCAGCAGAGAGGAGGCGUGCACAGCUUGUGGAGCUGGACGAUGACUAGAAUUUCGCCCAUAAGAGCUAAUUGAGUUCGCAGGUCAAUAAAGUAAAACCUGUGUGUGGAAGGCCUUUGUUUCUGUAGAUUCCACCAGCCCCUCCCCACCCACGCCCUUUCGGUGGUAACGGCUAAUCCUGUUUUGUGAAUUCCAUAAUUAAGUUAUAUAGUAAUGUAAUGACUACAAAUUGGGGGGUUGUUAUUAAGGUGUAUGUUUUUAGCAUUGUGAAGAUUGGUUGGUGUAAGUAAAUGAGUUUCAAAGUUAAUCCUCAAUCAUGAUAUAGGACUCAAGAUUAUUAGGCAUUUGGUUGAGAAGCUAAGCUAAGUUUACAUCAGGGGAGGAGGAAAUUAAGCAAUGUCUAAUGUAUUGUAUUUAUUUUAUUUUUUGAAUGUUGUUUUCAUGAACUUAAUAAAACAUUAUUGUUUAGUGUGUGUGUAAUCUAUUAUGUAUCAAGUUCAGCAUUAUCUGUAACCACUAGUAGCAUUUUUCAGCUUAAUUAAAUAAGCAUGUCAGAAAGAAUCUCUAUUAUUUAGCUUUGUUGUUCUUCUUCUUCUUAAUUAUAAUGGGCCAAUUUGAAUAUCA